AUGUCCAUCAUCACCAAAGUACUUUACAAAGACCUCCAGCGGUGUCAGGUCGAAGAAAUCCCAGACGGACUCUCCCGCGCCACAAUCCUAGAAACUUUCCACAACCAUGACCUAAUGAUCAGGUCAAUCUACCCGGGGUCUCACAUCAAGGAGAGCACCUCUAUCAGUUCAAGCUCUACAAAGUUCUCAUCGCUAAACCCUAAGUCGAACGUCACCACCGUCUGUACUCUAACUAGUCUCGAGGACGGUAUUGGCAUGGUCACAGAUUUGGGGCUGUGGAUGGAGAUCAACUGCCGCUGGACUGUUCAUGAUCGCGUUGAGAGUCCACCAUUAGGUGGGGACAAAGCUUUAACGAGGAAUGUUGCGCGGAUAGGAUCACUAUACCUUCUUGAGGAGGCGGCUUUUCAUAUUAUAAGGCCGUUUGAGAGGUUUGCGAGGAAUGAUCGCCAGCAGAGUCAUGCUAUGGAGGGUAUUCUUAGAUUGCUGCAGAGAUUAAAAAGCGGGGAGGUGUCUGCUGUCGGGUUAACAGCUGGGGAUGAAAGUGAUGUCGAUAAUAUAGUUGAGGAUGCGAAACCCAAAAGGGAAUAA